AUGAAGAGAUUAAUCAUUGGCAGUUUGUUAUUUACUCUCUGUCACGCUGCUCUUAGGCGAUUUGAAUUGAAUAUUAAUUAUAAAGAUAUCAACCCUGACUGUCACAGUCGUUCAUUCAGAGUUCCUACCAUCAACGGCCACUUUCCUGGCCCAACCCUUUACGCCACUCAAGGCGAUGAAAUCGAGAUAUUGGUAAGAAAUAGUCUGCCUAAUGCAAACACGAGCAUUCAUUAUCACGGUAUUCGACAAAUCGGUUCCACCGAAUCCGAUGGUGUACCUGGUGUCACUCAAGAUGCAAUCACCCCAGGCUCUACUUUUACUAGCAAAGAGACCUGUCCGGGUUAUACCACAUUUGACGUCGAGCCAAACACAGUCUAUCGUCUUCGCAUCAUUGGUGGAAAUACGUUUAGGACCCUUGCCUUGGCUAUCAAGCAUCACAAUAUGACCUUGAUCGAGGUAGAUGGCGAACUGGUUCAUCCGUAUGAAACAAGUUUUUUGGAAGUAACUCCUGGUCAGCGAUUCUCUGUUUUGUUUCGUACAGGAGACUAUACACCUGGUAUGGUAUUUGCUAUAGGCACAAGCUAUCUCUGGCGUCAACGUGGUCGAGGCAUCACCGAGAACGGGUUCGACUUGCAUACUUACCGUAUUGCAUAUAAUGAAACAGUAGAUUUAGUAUUUCAAAACAGUAAAAACAGAGAUGGCGGCUGUCUACUACACCCUUGGCACACACACGGUCAUUCUCAUUACGUGAUUGCUUCUGGGCCUGGUGACUAUAAUCAUACACUUCAUAAGCAUAUCAGAAACUUCAAAUAUCCAUUAUACAAGGAUACAUCGGUAGCAUACCCUUACUUUUCUAACGACGGAUCAGAAGGCUGUGGUUGGACUAAAGUUAGAAUCAAAGCGGACAAUCCUGGAUUUUGGGCAGUUCAUUGUCACAUUACGACACACAUGAUACAAGGGAAGAUGAUUGUGCUAGAAGAAGCGCCGGAUCUGAUUAGUAGGUUCAGCCUUUACAAUCGUCAAUAA